GAACACAUUUGUAAUAAAAAGUUUGGCACGUUCGGACGUAAAUGUUGCGAUAUUAAAUAGAAUUUUUCUCAUUUGUGCCGGUUUCGCGUGUUGCUAGUUAAAAUAUCUUUGAACUCUAUGUAACGAGUACACAUAAAAAUAAAAAUCCAGAAUUUAUCGCAUAAGGAGUUAAUCGAAAAGGCGUAGUUUUAUUGCAUUACAAUCGUAGCUCGAAGUGUGAUAAGAGCCAUAAGGUGCGUGCCAAAUUUGUAGUGAAAAAAUCGUCAGUGCUUUUAUUGCGAUUUUCCAAUAUUUGCUACCAUUGAAUGUUACGUUAUGCAUACGUCAUACAUGUUGGCACAAGAACAAAAGAGGAAUAUUGUUAUUGAAGAAGACACCAACUAGAUCGAUAUCUGCUGCAAUACUUGUCGUUCCUGGCACUCCACCCUACUGCGAAAUUAUAUCCCGUGCCCUUACCGUCAUUCCAUCCUUACUGAUGAUGUUGGCUGAUGUGUGGUGUAAGCAAUUCUAAAAUUGUGAUUGAGGGUGUGAUGAAAACCUUAUUAUAUUUUGAUAGUGUGAAAGCGUUUUAGCUACUAUGAAGCGCAGCAAUCUUUUGCUCAUCGCCUUGUGAAGCGAAUCGCGAAUCGUGUGGCGAAUGUGGUAUAGUGUUUGCAUUGUGCGUGCACAAGUGAAUUCACUGUGAAUAACAUUCUCGUAGGGUAUCCAGUUAAUGUGGUGCGGUAGUGCUGUAUAUUUCCCUCUGUUUUGAGUUUUGACAUUUAAAAGGUUGACAAAUCCUGUCAUACCUAUCGCAUUCCCUGUUACCUCGAAGAAGUAAUUUACAACUAAAUAUUGUAUAGAGCUAACUGUUACACAGCUAUAAUUACGACCAAAUCGGUGGUUUCUCAUCCACUCAAAAUAACCCGCUCUAAUUCCAGUGACGUAGCGCUUAUCAUUGAAAACAGGAGGUUUUCUCUUGUAAACAACUAGGGGUAAACGGGGCAAAAUGGAUACCCUAUAUCUAAGCAUUAUUUCACAGCAAGGUUCGUAUAGUAUCCAGCGGAACAUCGAAGAAACCCCCUUUGGGGUAGGCAAACCGAAACCGAAUAGCUGAUGAAGAUACCGUAUUGGAAUUGCAGUAUCAAGUAGAUUGGAGAGAUUAUGAUGCAAUAAUGCCUUACAAAUGGGAGCCACGAAAAGAGCAUGUUUUGGUCGAAGCAAUUCAGUCCAGGCUACUACAUCAGUAGACAACAGCCAAGAAACACAGCAACACUUGAGAGUUUCUUCGGGAAACCAACAGCAGUACAGCAAUCGAUUGAGAAGAUUGCGCUCUGUUAGUCAAUCAACUUCUGCAACUAGUUUGAACAAUUUAAACAAUAAUAGCAGUAACAACAACGCAGGGUCUACCUCCUGCAUAUCUGCCGGUAAUAAUACAACGAAUAGUACUGGCAACUCUAUCAUCAGCAAUAUCACCAAUAAUAUUACAAGUACCACCAACAACAAUACUAUUACCUACAACCACAACAAUUGCAGUACGCUGAGACAUCAGCGCCAUCAUCAACAUCAUCUUCACACGAUCCGAUCUAGUACUUCUAGUACAAAUUCAACAGCAGUCAACACGGGGGGUCUAAUAUCAAGAGUAUUUGAUCAUAGCAACAGUAGCGGCAGAAGCGAUAGCUCUUCUCAUUGUACCAACACCACUAGUCCAGCUGCUUCUGUCACCAGCUGUACUACGAUAUCAUUACCUGUCGUCUCUGCAAAUCAUUCUAGUAGUAGUGUACCUGGUUUGGGUAGUAUUGCGACUAGAAUUGGAAGCAAUUCACGACGAGCGUCCCCAAGUGAAAAAAAAAAACAUCUCCAAAAUAAGAACGAUGAUAAAAUGGAUGAAAAAAAGUCACAACAACAGAAACCCCCUGUCAAACAGCAUCAACACCUGCGUGAUACAACCCCAAUUAGUCGGAAAGGCAGAAAUCGCAAAGAUACAGAAGCAGGGGGAGGAAACAGUACUUCGGCCAUCAAUGAAACUUCACCAAAGAAACGUAAUACAGUCAGAUAUCACGGGAUGAUAUCAAAGAUAUCCUCCGUACCUACUGAUAAAGAACAAAAAGAAACUACCGAGUCCAUGGAAGAUUACAAAUCUGUUGGCGAUAUUGAAGAUUAUGAAUUAAGUAGACAAAGCCAGGAAGAUGCAAUUAUCGCAGAACAAGAUAAUGUUGAAGAUCAUCCUUCAUCUUCAUCAAACACAGCACAUCUUGAGCAUAAUGAAGAAAAAACCGUGUCCAAAGACGAUGGGAUACAUUCUGUAGUGAAUGUAAAAGAAACAAGUCGUUCGAAAGCGCUUACUAACGACUCUGGAAUUGAUGGUGAACAACAGUUAUCCAAUCCUCAUUUAGAUGAAAAUGGAAUAGUAGAAGAUGAAGGGGCUUUUGGUAGUAAUCCAUACGACAGGAAUAAUGAAGUUCGCCAGAAAGAUACAAGUAAUGUUAAAUUACUGGAAGAUGGCUCACGUGGAUCGGACAGUUCACAAAGUCGAACUAUUCUUCGCUUUGUACGUAAAAGCCUGGAAAAUACGGCUAUGUCAGUUAUAUAUUCGAAAAACUUCAUCGAAAAUGAAACGAUUGAGACAGAAUACCCCCGCAAUCUGGACGAUAAUAUUGAAAUAUUGAGCAGAGAAGCAGAAAACUUAGCUUUGCAAUUUAAGCCUUCUGAAGAAAAGCUAGUGCAAUAUGGUCCAAUAUUUGAUCUUGAAAAGUUUGAGGAACAACGCAAGCAACAAAAAAAGGAAGAUGAUGAAGAUGAAGCGAUUGGCAUUUCUCCCUGUGGGCGUUUUCUGAAAUAUGAUAAGGAGGUCGGAAGGGGAUCAUUCAAAACCGUGUAUCGUGGGUUGGAUACCCAAACUGGUGUUGCCGUUGCAUGGUGUGAAUUACUGGAAAAGAAAGUAAAUCGGGUUGAGCGGGCCCGAUUUCGGGAAGAAGCGGAAAUGUUAAAAAAAUUACAACAUCCAAACAUUGUAAGAUUUUAUAAUUACUGGGAAGCAACACCAACGGUUGGAAACAAGAAGAAAAAUAUAGUUCUCAUUACUGAGCUUAUGCUUUCCGGCACAUUGAAAUCAUACUUGCGACGUUUUAAAAAAAUCAAUCCAAAAGUACUGAAGUCCUGGUGUCGGCAAAUUCUAAAAGGGUUGCAUUUCUUGCAUUCACGCACACCGCCUAUCAUCCAUCGUGAUUUGAAAUGUGAUAAUAUAUUUAUAACUGGUACGACAGGGAGCGUUAAGAUAGGAGACCUAGGAUUAGCCACACUGAAAAACCGUAGCUUUGCAAAGUCGGUUAUUGGUACACCGGAGUUCAUGGCACCCGAAAUGUAUGAGGAACAUUAUGACGAAGCAGUUGAUGUGUACGCUUUUGGUAUGUGCAUGUUGGAAAUGGCUACCUCAGAGUAUCCGUACAAUGAAUGCAAUACACCAGCACAGAUUUACAAAAAAGUGACUUCUGGUGUAAAACCGCAAAGCCUAGAAAAGGUGGAAAACCCAGAGGUACGUGAGAUCAUCGAAAGAUGUAUACACGAUAAAAAAGAAGGACGACCAACGUGCAAGGAGCUUUUAAACUGUGAAUUUUUUUGCGAAGAUAUUGGUAUUCGGUUGGAACCAAUGUCAAAAGAUAUGUUCCUAACAAAUCCUGAAAUCGUCCGUAUGGAAUUUCGGCUGCGUAUCAUGGAUCCUAAAAAGCGUGUUAACAAACACAAAGAGAAUGAAGCCAUUCAGUUUGAUUUCGACAUUCGAGUAGAUGAUGCUGAAGAAAUUGCUAACGAAAUGUAUAGAUCAGGUAUACUAUUGGAGGAUGACUCUAAAACAGUAGCAAAAAUUCUCAAAGUUCAAAUUCAAACAUUAUUAAAAGAACGGGAAGAAAGAGUUAGGCAACAACAGAUAGAACAAGAAAAAGACACUCUCCAAAAGCAAGCACUCAUUGCACAACAACUUUACCAACAGCAGCAAUUACAACAGCAGCUGGAAAAUGACUUGCAAGUGACUGAACUGCAAGUUCCACAGAUGACGCAACAAGGAGCUAUACAACAAUCGCAGCAGCAACUGCCACAGGGAUAUUAUCAACCUUCUUCGCUUCCAACAUCACAAGCACAACAAAUAAUAUACCAACAACAGAUUUCCGUGGGAAAUGAGCAAUUACAGCAAAACUUUCAGCAACAUGCAGUUAGUAGUCAAUUUGUUUUAGGACAACUACCAUUGCAGCAACCCAUGUCGCAGCUACAGCAGGAACAACAGACACUUAAUCAAAUGGUUCCGAGUCAACCAACUCAAGCUAAUAUAGAUGCAACACAGCAGCCUAAUUAUAUCCCACAGCAAGUAUUUGUCGAUUCCCAGCAACAGCAGCAAUAUGUCCUACAAUUACAACAGCAAGCGUCACAUCAAGGACAAUCCCAAGGGACAAAUCUGCAAUAUAUAAACCAAAUCGGUGCACAACAACAAUUGGUGCAACAAAUUUUACAUCUACAACAACAAAAUUUAGCUAUGAUGCAACAACAGCAGCAACAAGCCGAGUUACAAGAACAAAUAUCUACCCUAGAACAACAGCUCCAAGGUAUCAUACCAAUUCAUAGUCAACCAGCACAAAACAUACAGCAGCAGUCGCACUCACAGCCACAGCAACAAAUUCAACAAUUGCAAGAACAAGAACAAGAACAAGAACAAGAACAAGAACAAGAACAAGAACAAGAACAAGAACAAGAACAAGAACAAGAACAAGAACAAGAGCAGCAAAAAGAAGAAGAAGAGCAACAACAACAACAACUACAGCAACAACAACAGCCAGAAGAGUCACAGUAUCAGCAACAACAGCAAGAACAACAGGAAAAGUCACUGCAUCAACAGUCUCUACAACAACAAACUCAGCUCCAAUCGCAGCAACAAAAACAUGUUAUGUAUAUGCAUCAUCAAACCCAACAGGCUACCAAUAAUCUUUUGCAUGAUCCGGCAAUUGUAUUACAAGCAAAACAAAAUAAAUAUACGCCCGAAAAUUUAUGCGAUAACGAGCAGUCAUUUUUGCAGCAAAAUACUAUUGUCCAACAUCAAACAUCGUCAAUAUUACAUCAUUUAGAUUUACAAUCAGAUGAAACCAACUCACAAAUUACCAACACGAUACCGAUGCAAAAUUCUCAGGCGAUACAACAGUCUUUGCCUGUUCCUGGAACCAUCCAGCAAAUAGUAAUUUCGCCGUCUAUAUCAGAAGUCACUUUUCAACAUGAUCAGGAUCCUUCAAACGAUGUCCUAAAUCGAGCUGUGUUGGAUGAUGACGAAUCUUCUCGUCAGGGAAAACUACAAUAUCAACUGCAAAUUAUGGAAAAGCAAUUAAUUCAGCAGCAUACCAUUCAUCAAAAUGUUGGAAAUCCAAUGACCAUAACGUCGUUUGGCGUAACACAGUCCAAUUCUUUCUGUAGUAGCAAUAACAAUGCGCAUCAAGGAUCAAAUACAACUAAUAUGAUUGAAACAACAGCUACUAGAAGUUCAAAUACUUCAUAUGCUGUAGAAGAUCAGGUAGUAUCAACAGAUCCCCCUUCCCUUCAGACUGCGUUGCCAAAAAGAUUUACUAACGAAAUGAAAAAGCGUCGUAAUCAUCGUUCGACGGAACGAAACCCAAAAUUACACGUUCUCGGAUACGUAAACAAUGUCAUUGAAUGCGAGAUGGAAAAUCGACCAAAAACAAUAAAGUUUAAAUUUGACCCAACCAAUGUUAACCCAGUUGAGGUAGCUCAAGAUCUUGUCAAACAAGAUCUACUUAGCGAUUCGCAGACUACAGUCUUUGUUGAUAUGGUUCGCGAUAUACAACGACAAUUAAAGGAAAAUCCAAAUCAACUACCUAUUGCUUCUCAAUGCUAUCGUCGUUCCAUGGAAAAGGUGCGCCAUGCGUCUCUAACACGUCAGCGUUCGAAUUUUAAAACACAUCAGAGACAUAGAUCUCGUGAUGAAACCUCGACAACAGCAGCAAAUUUUACCUAUAUCUUUGAUCCAACAAUCAUUGACCGGCAAACUCUUGGUACUGGAAUUUCAAGCACUACAACAUCCUCGACGUCUUCUUCUCCGUUAUCUCAACAACAAGUUAACUCGGCAUUGAUAUCCUCACAAUCAAACAUUGAAGCAAUAUCAAUAGAAAAAUCAGAGCUAGGAAAUGAAAAUAACGCUGAUUUGACAUUGCUACCUUUACUUCACGAUAAAGAUUAUAUAAACAGUGAGGCCGAUCGAAGAAAUGACAACCACCAGGGGAUUGUAACAUAUAUUUCCACAGUAACUGAUGAUAGUGCAAAUGAUAAUAAUAGCAGUUGCGAUGAAAACUCACGCAAAGCUAGUACUGUUAGUACAGAUUACACAUCGCAUGAGAACACGCCGGAAAACACUAUUACAUCUGGGAGCAACCUAAAUAUUUUGAAUCCUACUUCUAGCAUUGGUGAACAUGAUACUACGAGUACUGUACCAGUAGUAUCAGACGAAUGUCAAUUAACGACACAGUUGAUUCCAAAUGAAGAAUAUUUUGCAGUACACGAUACCAAUGCAAUAAUGGCUAAUCAUAACGAACGCUCACAAGAGAGUAAUUCUACCUCAGUGCCAUUACACCUAACUGCAGCAAGUGAUCCAGUUGAUGGUGCUUUACUUUCUACAGCCAUCAAUAAUCUUCCCGUAAAGGAAUCUUCUAGUCAAAAUAUGUAUCAGCCAUUAAAAUCAAAUAUAAACUGUAUUGAAUCAAAUUGUAACAAAGAUGAAAUGGUUCUUCAAGGUGUCGAUGAUAUGUCAACGCAUCUUUCUGAUGUAUGUAAAGAAGAAUCAGUGCUUAUCGAACCAAACAAAACGCCCAUGGCUACCCCUCAACUGAAAGAACGAAAGUUAUCACGUUUUUCUGUAACACCUGUUGUCUUGCCGCGUGUAUUAGAUGACAGCGAGCAUCCAACGAGUUCAUUAUUAGCUGUGGUGGAUUCAGGUACAGCUAAUGCAUUAGAUGAGUGCGAGCAUCCAACUAACUCGGUAUUAACCGAGGAGGAUUCAGAUAUAGCUAGUACUUUGCAGACUGGGAUGGAAUCAAAACAUGUAGAAGAAGUAGACAACUCUUUGGCAGAACCUACGCAAAUAACAACCUCUGUGGAGAACUCCUUACAACAUGAUUCGCUUGAAUAUGCUUCGCAAAGUAUGACAAUCCAACAGUCAUUAACUAUGGAAUACGCGGAAUCGAUUCCUUCUAAUCUCGAAAAUUUACUACACGAACAAGAAGUUUUCGUGCAACAUCAGUUGACAGAUAUUGAAAAUCAUCAAAUUCAACAUUCUUUUAAUGUUCAACCAAUCACAGAUAAUACCGAUGAAACUGCGGUUCAACACCAGCAAAUGCAACAACAGAUGCAAUAUCACAUACAUCAGCAGCAACUACAACAAUUGUCGAUUCAACAACAACAACUGCAACAACAACAACAUCAACUGCUACUACAACAACAACAGCUGAUUCAACAGAAUCAACAAAUCAAACCAACAGAUCAGAUUGGCUUGAUAUCUGGACAGGUUUCAGCCGAUCUAGGGAUGUCUAAUAGCAAUCGAAUGCCGGAAACAUUGGAACAGCUUAAGAUCGGCUUGGAAAACAUAACACAUGCUCAUGUGAAUGCGAAUAAACCAAGCGUUUCAACUGGUCUAUCUUCGCAAACUAGCACUACAGCACUUUCCGCGAUGGUUUCUCCGCAUACUGUCCCUGGUUCUUUACCCACAGAAACUGAGCACUCGCAGAAUUUGCAACAGCAGCAGCAAACGCAGGUGAUAUUUUAUCAAUCACAAGAAUGUAUCAUAUCGGAUCCAGCCGCGGUUCCUUGGGAUGAACCAAAUGACGCAAUCACAGUUAGCGAUGUCCCUUCCAAAAUUCAAGAAUAUGUCGUUGAAGGAACAACUUACGCAGCAGUCGUGGCAGGCGAAUUUGUGUCGCUAUCUGCUCAACAAAAAAACGUACCAUCGUUAGAUCCAUCAUCUACCGUUGAAUCGGUUGAGCAUUCUCAACAAUACGCAUCGAGACGGACAUCUGCUGAACUAAGCAACGUCUCUGCUGUCGUUGAUUCGUUGGAGGCAAACACGAUACAACAAUUAUCAGAAGAAUCUAAUAGUAGCGUUGAAUCGAGUAUUUCUAAUGCCUGCGAAAAACAACUUCCAAACCGCGGAAGUGUAGAUCGUAUAGACAGUUCUAGCAAUCUGACAACCUUGCAGUUGAAGUUGUCACAGCUGACAGUUUGCGCAGAAUCACCAAAGGUCACGGAUCAGCAUACUUUAACGCAACAAAUGCAUUCGGUUGUUUGCAGUCCUUCUGAUGAAUCCAGCAGCACUAUUAAUAUGUCGAAUGAUGCCAGACCUUUGAUAAGAAAAGUGUCGCGUUUCCAGGUUCACACUGUACAAGAAUCUCCUUUUUCGGUUGAAUUGCCAUUGAAUACGCAACAUGAUCUUGUCAGUACUGCGAUGUCUGUUGACAUCCCUACGAGUACGGCAUUCUCAUCUCCAACGGAUGAAAAAUCUUCGCAAUACCAACAACAAACGGCAACGGUUGUUUGUGAAAUUCCUACUACAAAUGAUCUUGAAGUGAUGUUGAAUCAAGUGCUUCCAAAAACUCCAAACAUGGAAACAACUGCACCGAAUUUCAUCAAUACGAAUUCCUCUCAGGGUAGCAUUCAACAAGCAACAACGCCAACAUCUUCUUUGCAGUUGGAGCAUAGUGUAUCACCUUCAACGACUUCAGAUACACAAGAGCAGAUGAUUGAAAAUCAACACGCUACCCACGGAAUAAGUAUACAACAUCCAUCACACACACAAAUACAAGGAGAGGUUGCGACAGGAACAAAUUCACAUACUGGAAUACAAUCUUCAUUAAUGGAUGGCACUAGUUAUACUAUCGUGUCUCAACAGCCUCUACAAUCUCAAACUCUUACAAGUUCACAAUCAGAGCAACCACAACCUUCACCAGAGCCAACAUUUAACAAUGCCGAUAUCGGUAAUAAUUUGAUUGCCAUUCAAAAUCAUUUAUACGGAUUGUCAUUAAUGCCAAGCUCAAGGCAACAACUACAACUAUUAUUGCAAAGGCAGCACAUCGAACAUGAGGAGUUGAAGCUACGCCACUUUUUAGAAUUAGAAAAGUUCCUAAAACAGGAAAAAGAGGAAAUGAAACCGACGCAGGUCAAUGUGUCUUCUGGUCCUCCUGCGACAUGUAAUUCGCCACCAACAACGAAUCCUUCGCCGCAUGUUGAUCUUCAAUCUGAAAAUCUGCAAAUGAUCUCAAAUCAAUCAGCGCAAUCGAUUUUCGUAGUACCUAUUUCAGCACCCGUUACGAUGACGGAAAUAACCUCGCCUUCCGCAUCUCCUGGUAAUCUUGUUGCAUUUGAUGUAAACUCCAUGAGAACACUAGCCAUGUCAACAGGAUCAUCUGGAGCUGGCAUCAGUACCGACGCAGACCUGCAAGAAACAAUUCUAACAUCGAAUGCGUCCAAUACUAUGGAUUCGAUCACUAUUUUACAACAGUAGUAACAACUGCAACAUCUCCAGCAUCAGGCAGAACCUCAAUUGCAAUAGCAACAACUGCAACUGUGAACCGUUUCAACAACAUUAGUGUUCCCAUGGCAUUUUGCCUUCGUAAAUAAAUCCCAAUGUUGUCUUAAAAUGUGUAUCAAAUGUACCAAAACAAAAAAAAACUCAGUAAUUGCUAAAAUCGAGAAAAAGAAAAUACGUUAAUAACUACGAAAUGUUAAUUUAACAUUAUUUACGUGGUAGAGUGAAAGUGUUAAUAUCGAAAUAUAUUGCUAUGUGAAAUAUUGUAUAAGAAGUGGAAUAUAAAUUCCUGCAGAUUGUAUAUAACUUACUUAAAACAGUGAGUUAAGCUAUAUCAUAAAAAAUAAACUGUAGAAUGAUUGUAUAAUUGUUCUUAAUGACGGCAGUUGAUACCGUCCCACGAUUAAGAGAGGUAUACAUUGAACAAAUCUGAUUUUUUGGAUAGUUGCAUCCAUUAAUUUUUGAAAAAGUAGAUGAAUUUAAUGCCAAUCUACGAUAACAUCGAAAAUGAUAAUUUUCGUGGGCUUAAGUUAUUAACAAAAAAUGGCAUUAGCCCUUCGUGUAACAAAGUUCUUGGAGCCACUAUGUUGGGUGGUUAAAAAUAUUAUCGGUUCAAUAUAACAUGUUGCAAAUAUUACUUUCAGUGUGGCAUGAGUAGACAAAGAAUAAAAUAACCACUUGAAGGUUCAGCAUCCGAAUAUAUGAAAAAUCAUGUGGCACAUGUUCUGAGGUCGAGUUUAUGAAUCUGCAAUUAGGAAUUGCUGUGAAAAGAAUUGAGCACUAAAAGACGUGUAUCAUACGUGUAAAUAAAAGAGGCAAAUGAGGCCAAUCGGCUCAAGGUCUCUAUAAAAAUAAACAAACAAAAAAUACGUGUAAAUAAAUAGCUGAUGGCAUAAUAAUUUGAGCCGUUACUAACCGCAGUUGAUAGAUAGGCUUGCAUUAAAUAUUAUUAUAUUAUGUUGUUUUCAUGAAUGUUUCAUUAUGAGUGUAAUAUGAAUAUCAACCCCUACUGAACUUUAAAAAAAAUCCGGACAAUUUGCAUUCUGAACGUGUUCCUAAGCUUGAUAGCAUAUCUGAUCAUAACCUAAGUUCUGAUCAUAAGCUUGGGUUAGCAUCUACCGAAACUGUAGAGAUUCAAUGAAAGGGUAUAGAUUUAUAUAAAAGUAUAGACAUAAUAUUGAAUUCUGAUAAAGAAUUAUAAAUAAUGUCUGGUAUCCGAAAUUAUUGAGAUGUAAAAAAUGCACUACAAUUUUAAUAACAAUAUUUAUCUCUACCGACACCCAGAACGGCCUAUGCGAAGCGACUAUUGGCAUCUGAUUACUAUUAAAAACUACUUGAAAGUUAGAAUCGAUUUUAAAGCUGUGAAAAUUAAUAAAUCGCCUUUAUAGAUGUACAGACUGAA